AUAUGUCCUUUGAUGUCUCCUGGUUUGCCGUGCGCUCCUUUGCGUUGGACAGAGAGCCCGUCCUGCUGGCCUCACUGGACCGGAGAGGGAUUGUGACACAGAGCAGGAGGAAUGGGAGCAGUGAUCUCAGCCUGGAGAGAAUCAGCCCAUUGGAAUUCCGUCUCCGUGUGCAUGGCUGUGAGGACCAUGACUUUGGGAACCACUACUGCAUAGUGACUCCAUGGGUGCGAUCUGCCACUGGUGUAUGGCAGCGGGAACCUGACAUCAAAGCCAAACCCAUUUUUCUAUCUGUGAAAAUGGAUGUUUUGAAUGCUUUCAAGUAUCCCCUGUUGAUUGGCAUUGGUCUGGCCGCUGUCAUUGGACUCUUAUCCUGCCUCAUUGGCUACUGCAGCUCCCGUUGGUGCUGCAAGAAGGAAGUACAGGAAACAAGACGAGAGCGUCGCCGGCUAAUGUCAAUGGAGAUGGACUAAACAUGGAGCCAGAUACACUUGUAUUUUGGGAGAGACUCAAAGGGCUCUUGGACUGUGCUGAGACACUUGCUCGCAGGCCCAGAGAAGACAGUGCAUUUCCUCUCUGAUUGCAGCUUGGACCUCAAGCUUCUCCUUGUUACACAUCAUGCCCUGAGAGCAUUCAGGCCAUAUUUAGCAACUUGGAAUUCUCCUUUUCCAGCAGCACAUUCUGCACAGGGAUCAUGUCCUUCUAAUGUGCAAACUGUUAAGUCUUCUUUCAGCAGGGCCCUGUGACAAAAUUCACUAAGGUUUUUCUGUUUGAUUGGUGGAUUUUUUUCUCUCCUCUUGGUUUUGAAUAGAUGUAUGAAAACGUGA